UGUGAAUGAGAGAAACCAAGGGGGUCACCGACAUCACUACAAGUAGCUCCCCCCCCCCCAUAUUAACGGACUGUAUUAAUGUGAUCGCGGUCUCAUUGUUCCACGUCCUGUGAGUGUGCAGUAACGGGUGUCAGCCAUUCACAUUGCCCUCAGUAAAGAUGGCGGAAUCCCAGCAGCCAUUUAUCCUCCUACGGUGAGCAACAGCCUCAGCCAACGCCAUGAGCUCCUCCCCGGCCAGCCCUUCCUCAGUAAACAUGGCAUUCCCGGGGCAGGCCACGCCCACUCCUGGCUGUCCGCAGUCCUGAGCAUGGGCUCUGCCAGGAAUGGAUACCGCGAGCGGCUGGUCCUGGCGGUGGAUGUGGGCAGCACUGUCCUGCGGUGCCAUGUGUACAACCCGGCGGGCCAGAUCGUGGGCAGCGCUGAGGAUAAGGUAAAGGGGUGUGACAGGGACCCUAAUAUUGUGUGAUAGGGGGGGACACACACAUACAUUAUAUUAUCUGCAUGUACACCACUGAUAAUACUGUGUGCCUGGGGGUGCUGAGACUGGCAUUCCAGGUGACACUGCUAUAGCAACAUGUGAUGGAAAACAGGUGGGCACAGACACUAACCUGCCCGGGUCACAGGUACUUACCUGUAUGGCAGUGUGAAUGCGGUAUAAUGAUGGGAUAGGGGCAAAGAGACUAAUCUGCCCGGGUCACAGGAACUUACCUGUAUGGCAGUGUGAAUGCGGUAUAAUGAUGGGAUAGGGGCAAAGAGACUAAUCUGCCCGGGUCACAGGUACUUACCUGUAUGGCAGUGUGAAUGCGGUAUAAUGAUGGGAUAGGGGCACAGAGACUAACCUGCCCGGGUCACAGGUACUUACCUGUAUGGCAGUGUGAAUGCGGUAUAAUGAUGGGAUAGGGGCAAAGAGACUAACUGCCCGGGUCACAGGUACUUACCUGUAUGGCAGUGUGAAUGCGGUAUAAUGAUGGGAUAGGGGCACAGAGACUAACCUGCCCGGGUCACAGGUACUUACCUGUAUGGCAGUGUGAAUGCGGUAUAAUGAUGGGAUAGGGGCACAGACACUAACCUGUCCGGGUCACAGGAACUUACCUGUAUGGCAGUGUGAAUGCGGUAUAAUGAUGGGAUAGGGGCACAGACACUAACCUGUCCGGGUCACAGGAACUUAACUGUAUGACAGUGUGAAUGUGGUAUAAUGAUGGGAUAGGGGCACAGACACUAACCUGCCCGGGUCACAGGUACUUACCUGUAUGACAGUGUGAAUGUGGUAUAAUGAUGGGAUAGGGGCACAGAGACUAACCUGCCCAGGUAACAGGUACUUACCUGUAUGACAGUGUGAAUGCAGUAUAAAGUUAGGAAAGGGGCACAGAGUCUAACCUUCCCAGUUGAUUGGAGCCGUUACACCUACCUUGUGAAAGCAAUAUAGGGUUCAGUUGACACAGGGUCAUCCACUUCAGAAAGAAUUGCACCUGUCAGGCAAAAUAGUUGAAAUUGAGGUGAGAAAAAUCAUCUCUAACAAUGCUUUACCUGCAUAGUUCUUUUGACGUGCAAUUCCAUUUGACAAUUCUCCACAAUUCUCAUUUUGGUUAUUAAACCCCAUAAGAGCACAGUUUAUUGAUAGGGGAAUUACAGAAAGUCACCUGCCUAUAUACCUAAUACAAAGUAGACAGGAUGCUGAGCAUGUUAACUGGAUCAGGUGACAGUAUCGCUAAUAUGGAAAUAGAAUGAACACCAUCCUGAUUAUUUGCUAAUAUAUGCAUUGAUGAGAUAUAUAUUUGCAUAUAUAUGCAUUGAUGAGAUAUAUAUUUGCUAAUAUAUGCAUUGAUGCAUUAAUUUCCAAUUUUAGACCAAAGUAGUCAUGUUAGAAGCAUUCUCCAAGUCAGUUGUCUUUACAUUUCGGUCUAAGAUUUGAAAUUCACAUUGCAUUCCAGAUAAAUCAUACUUCAUAAUCCUUCUUAUAAUGUGGAUUAAGGUGUGUCCAGGUAAUAACCAGGUAACAUGAUAUGAACAAUUAAUAGACCGGAGGAUAAUAUGACAGAUCACUGUUGGAUUACAGGGACUGGUUGGAAAAGGUGUCUGGUGCUCUAAUGGCCAGAUCAUAUGAAUAAAGUGUAAUGAAAAGUAGUAGGCUAAGUGCAGAUGAUGAACCUACUGGGACAGAAGUGCAAAGAACAAACUGGACCCUGCAGUAAACCAGAGAGGCUUAUUAGUGGAAUGGGUUGUUUUUUAUUUCCUUGUUAUAGGAGUGAACACUGAUUUUAAACUCUGGACCUUGUACAUUUGCUAUUGACCAGACACUUGAUCAAAGCCUAACUGAUAGUGAUUGUUACUUGCUGACAUGUUGGUCCGGGAGGUAAAUCCAGGGCACAUACACUAUACAGCAUUUGAUUUUAACAGAACUGGUGUCACUGUAUAGCAGAGCUACAAAUUUACUUUCUGGGAAUUCAAAGUGAAUUUUAAAUUUUUAUUCCAGAAUUGCCCAAAUAUUUUCCUAAUCAGCAAUAUUCUCAGUUAGGUUAUUUGGUCUGAAAUUUGAAAUAAACUUGUGAAUUCUUGCCAAUUCACUCUUUAGUAAAUAACCCUUUUCGAUUUAUUAAAUAGUCUGUAAAUUGUCAGGUAAUCAGUAGGUAGUUCUCCGUCUGUGAGGUAAUAAUGGGACAUAAUGAUCUGCAGUCGUUUGUGUCCGUGACUUGCGGAGCAUUAUGAAGUUAUAGUCCCACAACAGUUGGAAAGCUAGCUACCUACCAUGAUACUCUGUGAUUUGUAAAAAGUUAAUUUUAAUCAGGUACUUGACAAAAUCAAGAUGUGAACAAAGCCUGACACAAGUGAACUCACAAUCUAAGAUUUCAGGUCAUUAAAGGAACACUGCAUUGAAAAUUUAUAUUUUGUAAUAAUUUGGUAGAUACCGCAAAGAAAACAUACAGGUAUUUUUAUUCUGUAUGUUUUUCUUGGGGGUGUGGGGUGGAGGUUAUAUCUAAAAUAGCUUGCAAAAGCUGCAAACCUGCUGUCUGCAUCAUUUGCAAGCUCUCCCCUUUUUCAUCAGGGAAUACUCCAAUCAGAGACUUCUAAUUGAUCAUUGGUUUUCUUUAUUACUGUACAACUCAUUGAGAAGGGGGAAAGCAGGAGCCUGCUAGGUGAGGAACUAACAUAAAAUUAAGAAAACCUCUCUGGCUGUCUGACGGGAAGCGUUUCCGUCCCUAGUUAUAAAAGUACUGAUUUCUGUUGCAAUCGUCCGUUUUGCCAGCCAAAGUGCUUCAUGUUUUGUGAAGUGUUCUUUAAAAUUACAAUUUGGUACAAUUUCAUUUCAAUUUAGAAAGGUAUGUUUGUUUUCUUCAAUUUAAAGGAUAACUAUCAUCUGAAUUGCUUUAAUGUAUUUUUGCUAAAUUUCCUAUCGUAGAUCAGGCCUUCAAUAAGAAAUUAAGACUUUUAAUUGAGUUUUAGAUUUUUAUUUUUUUAAUAUAUAGCAGGAAAAUAUGCCUUCUUCAGUGAGUUUAAUUGCACAAUUUAUCUAAGGUUAGGUUUUCAUUCUGGCAAUGAGAGGAGAAUCUGAUCGCCUUAGCCAAGUAAAAGCGCCAAGAACAGUCCCCUCCAUUGUCCCCAGCUAUUAUACUGGUCGCUUUUUGUGUAGGAUUGUUGCUUGGCAUGUUCUGAUGAAAUCUGAGCUUUUUCCUUGCCAUACAAAGCUAUGUGUUCUGCCCAAAAUCAUAUGUCACUUUGAACUUGAAUGCACCCCCUUUCAGAGAGGUCCUUGUCAUCUGACACCAAAGGGGAUUUCAAUUUAUGUUUUUUUGUUUUGUUUUUUUCUUACCCUAAGGCAUGUUCCCGGUUGAAUUUAUGUUAUAUCUCAGAGUGCCCGUGGCAUUUGGGUUGCCUUACAACAGAUGUGUGCAGAUCCAGUGUCCAAGCUGCAGAGGCUCAAGCGUUGUAGUAAAUCUUAAUUUCUGUGCAUACUUUAUCUUUUCGAGAGCAUGUUUUUUACGUGUUUUUUUUUUUUUUUUGUGCUAUGCUGAAUAACCUUGAUUAUUUUUUUUUUCUUCUCUAAAGCAGUAUUUGUACACAGAGAUAAUGCUGCCUUGAAUCUAAUCACUGUUUUAUAAAUGGCAAUUAAUUUCCCUCCGCCCCUUGUCAGCUCAUAGGGAGCAAUAUGAAGUCAAGUAGUGGUGUGAGUAGAUAAUAGCACUGAUAGCCCUGAGUAUAGAGAACUUUACCCCCUCUCUUCCGAUGAUUUGCCAGCCCUAAGAGGCCAUUAUGUGUGGUGAAGGUGAAGAGGUAAUAUUCUGUGUGUUUUUUCUAGCAGGUAUUGUGUGUAUUAGAACCUCACCCACUUUGCAAAAUAUUCUUUGCUUGUGACUUCCAGGAAUCAAGUUCCCCUUACUGCCCAUAAAUCGUUAUUUAGCAAUACUAUAAUGAAAUGUAAAGACUGCUAUACAAGUCAGAUGAUGCUAUUGUCGGAAUCCUUGUGAAUAAAAAAACUUUCUUUCUUCCCUUCCUAUGGAGCUGUAUUAUCUGCAAGUUUCCAAUCAACCACUUUUUUUGGUUCCAAUUUAUUUCUGUGUAAAGUGCAUUCCUUCAAAAUAUCCAAUAAAAAUUAUCCGAAUCACUGAAACAAUUAUGUGCGAAACACACUUAAACUGCUUCAAAAUACAGUAAAAAAUAUAUUUAUACACAAUUCAAUAUAUUUAAAGUGUCGGUUUCACAUAAAGUCCUUAAAACUAAAGUGCCAACAUAAAACACAAAAUUUGUUGGAAAGAUAUACUAAAUGUCAAAUUAUAAAUUAAAUGUAUCUAAAUCAGUCACUUUGAUUAAAAAUAUAAGUAAUACCAUUAUCAAAGAUUUUAAGGAGAAAUAUAAUUUCACUUGGACAACAAACACAUUUAAAUAUCUAGGAGUAACAGUUUCAGCCGAGAUAGAGAAUAUGAUGGAAAUAAAUGUUCUUAAGCCCAUUAAGAUAUACCAACAAGUCUUUAAAAGAAUGGUGAAUGUUAGAAUCUUCCUGGACAGGCAGGAUCAAUACGAUAAAUGCUUACAUUAUCCCAAAAUGGUCCUACUUGUUCAGGAUGUUACCAUUUAGAAUGCCAGAGAGUUGGUUAAGUAUGAUACAAUCUAGCUUCCAGGCAUAUAUAUGGAAUGGUAAAAUCCACAGAAUGAGCUCUAUGGUUCUGUCGGGGAGAUAUAAACAAGGGGGGUUAAAUUAUCCAGAUAUAAAACGGUUAUUCUGCCAACAUGAUUGGACAUGUUUUUGAGUUACAAGCCAAUACAUCAAAAAAUGAAAUAUGGUAUAUAAUGGAAUCAGAAUCAGUAGGAAUAGACAGACUUGAAUUCUAUCUAUAUAUUGUGUACAGUUUACUGCAUUCUCUGUGAUGAAUAGCUACAGCAAAGAGUUUAUUGAAACCAAAACAGAACAAUGGAAUAAAGCAAUAUAAUAAACCAAUGUUGUAGCAGAGUAGCAUAGAUUUCCUAUCAGCAGCCGCUCUGAUUUUCAUUGUGUCGUGUACCUAGUCUUGGAGUUACAAUAUAAAUUUGCAUGCUGUGUUGCCAUUGUCCAGAGUACCUUAUUUCUGGUUGCCUGGGUAACAGAUGUCCUUCAAGUUUAAGCACCUUUCAUUGUGACUACAUUUAUACAAAGUGAGUUUUUUUGUAUGUAUAUAAGCGUAUGGGUUGUUUGUUUAUUUUUAUACUCAUUUGUUUAUAUAUGUACAAACUGCAUCAGAAUCAAGCAAUCAAAAAUUAUUUUUAAAAAGCUAUGAUGGUUUUAAAAACACCAAUUUAAAGUGGCUUUAUCAUUUUGCAGAUUUUGCCAUUAAACUGACCUUGAGUGGAAACCUUCUGUGUUUCGUGACUUGACAUUUGUAAUUUUGCCUGCCCUGGCUCUUAAAAGGUUGUGAUAGUCAUUUUAGGGUAAAAGCAAGAGGGGUUCCAAAGGGAAAGUGGGCUAAGCGUUUCCUGUUUAUUUAAACAUAUUUUUUUUUCCCACUCUAUUCAGAUUAAUGUGCUGUAUCCUCGUCAUGGAUGUGUGGAGUUAGACCAUGAAAUAUUAUGGCAACAAUUUGUUGCUGUAGUGAAGGAAGCUAUCAAAGGUAAUUAUAGAAUGCGGUCAAUCAUUUAUGCCGAACUACAAUACUGGUUCAUGUGUACCAGUCUGAGUCCCCGUGUGAUUUACAUCCAAUGUUUGUUCACAGAUGCUGGAAUCCAGAUCAACCAGGUGGCCAGUCUUGGAAUUUCAACCCAGAGAGCAACAUUCAUCAACUGGAAUAAGUAAGUUGUCAAAAAUCUGUGUCUGUUAUGUUUUAGUGAACAAACUCAUUGCUUGUCUUGUUUUCUACUUAACUCUCCGUGUCAUUUACAAAUUCUGCUUUUCAUACAAAGGAGAGGGCAAUCCGCAUGUGACUUUUUUUUACUGCUGUUGUCUAAGUACAUGAGAUGUAAGUUUGGCAUUCCUCUUGGUAAGAAACCUGUACCCUUCUGUUUUUUACUAUUGCUAUGUGUUGCAUUUAGGACUUUCUCUUAUGUGAGUAUACAUUUAAUGGCCACUUUAAUAGGUGCACAUGUUUAUUAAUGUGAAUGGAGAAAUCACAGGGCUAAAAUAAUCUAGGAGAGGGGGUAGGCAGCCUUUGGCACUCCAGAUGUUGUGCACCACAUCCCCCAUAAUGCUCUUACACCCAUAAUGCUGGCAAAGCAUCACGGGAGGUGUAGUCCAAAACAUCUGCAGUGCCGAAAGGUUACCUAUUUUAUUUAAUCUAGGAUUACAGAGAAUGUUAUAAUCCUACCAUGUGUAGCUGUUUGGGUAAAAAUGCCUUAUUGAUAGGAGACAUCACCAGAAUAUGGCCAGGUUUUAAGGUGACGUGUCUUAAAUGCUUAACCAUUCUUUACAAGAGACGAGCUGAAGGAUCUUUCUCACCUUCUCUAUAUUAAAAACGUGUUCGAACAUGGUAACAAUUGAAAUAGUCUGUUUAUUAUUUGCUGUUAUAAAGCUUUAUUCAAAGUGCUGCAGAAUAUGUCGGUUCUAUGUAAAUGCCAAUAAUAAAAAUUAUCUAACAGAUAACCUGCUUAACCUUAAAGGGACACUAUAGUCACCGGAACAACUACAGCUUAAUGUAGUUGUUCUGGUGUCCACUGCCUAUCGCUGCAGGUUUUUCAAUGUAAACACUGCCUUUUCAACGAAAAGGCAGUGUUUACAUUGCUGCCUAGUAACAUCCCUAGUGGCAGACACUCAAAUGCCCACUAGAGGUGCUUCCUGCACUAAACGUUCCCCCAUAGAGAGGCAUUGAUUCAGGUGCAGCACUGCGUUUUGUCAAGCAUGUGCAAUAGUCUCCCAAUGCUUUCCUAUGGGAAGGGGGCGAGGAGACCCGCGCAGCGGUGGAAAAAGGUGAGUAAAAUCACGUUUAACUCUUUUCACAUGGUUGCUGGGAACCUAUACUGUUAUUUUAGAACUCUAGUGUAGGAAAUGCAUGUUUGUAUUCCUGACACUAUAGUGUUCCUUUGUCUAGUGAAUUGUAUUUCUAAUUGCAGUAAUAGUGUAAUGCUGAUAUGUCAAAAUGGAUCAAAACCCUUAAAUGACCACUAAAGAUACACUGACCAUAUCAUCUCAAUGAAGUGAAAUAGGUGCAGCAGUCCUGUAGUUUAACCCUUCACUUACAGCAAAAUAUUGCUGUUUUAUCAGAAAGCUUCCUAUGCAGCAACUCUGAGGAUGUUGAACGUCAUCAAAUGCUGCUCAUAGGAAAGCACUGAAAUCAAUGCAAUCCUGUGAGAAGCAUUUGAUUGGAUGUGCGCUCAGUGCUCGCCACGCAUGCCCUGGGAUGACUUCACAGGAGGUGGAGCAGGCAGCAGCACCAAAGGAGACUCCAUUUGUGGGGGGAGAAGGGCAGUUGAGGGGGCCCUCAUAUCUUAGUUAUUAGAGACUGGGACACUCAUCUCCGCCAGUGACAAUGAGAGAUGAGAUGUGAAAUGAGCUGCUGACAUGGCACUGCCCCACAGCCAAUCGUUGUCCUGUUAUGAUAAGUAUAAGAUGAAAUGGGUGGAAAUUAAUUAGAGGUCAGUGAUUGACUUGGAUGACAUCAUGGCAGCAGCUCGUCUCACACUAAUCAGUUAUUGGCUGAGGCUGAGCUAAGUAUAUACCGUGUUUCCCCGGAAAUAAUACCGGGUCUUAUAUUAUUUUUCCACAAAAAAAACACACUAGGGCUUAUUUUCAUGGGGAAACAGUAGCAAGCAUGCGCUAGGAAGCUGGCCUACAUUCAGGGGAAUAGAUCAGUUCAAAAGUUCAUGGAAUCCAGCGAACCUAUGUUCGGGGAAAAUUCCCCUAGCAUAGAUUAGCGAACUAGCAAUUAGGGCCUUAGCUUAUUUUCGGGGGAUGUCUUAUUUUCAUUGAAAAGGGUAUUUCUAAAAAGGAAAUAGCUUUGUGCCAAGAGCACAAGGGCAAAUGUAAUUUUUUUUUUUUUUUUUUACACAGUAUAGAGUCUUGAUUGUGUUAGUAGUAUUAAAUUUAUUAGUUCUAUGUUGGGGGGCCUACUUAACAACCCAGUGAGUCCCUCUGCAGCCAGUCCAGCCGAUCCGAGUCAUGUGAUCACAAGGCUUGGAUAGGCUUUAUAGGCAGGAUUCGUUGCAGGGGGACUUUAACAAAUCUUGCCAAUAUAGAUCUAAAUACACUCAGAACGAAUGUUUAGAUAUAUUUGUAUGUAUGUGUGUAUUAUAAGUAUAUGAAUAUGAAUAUCUAGGAAUCUUGGUGUGACCUGCCUGAUAACCCAGGCAGAAAUGCUUGAAAAUUUAAUUUGCAUGCUGUAAAUUUGACCUUGAUACUUUCCAAAGUCCCAUAAAAUCUGUACAUGGGGGUUCUGUUGUACUUGGGAGACAUCACUUAACACAGAUAUGAGUGUUUUAGAGCAGUAUAACGUAUGAUGAUGAUACCGGUGUAAGUGAAGUUUUUCAGUGAAAUAUUCCAAAAUAAAGGCAGUAUGGACCCAGCAAACCAAUCUGGUAAAUUUCAAUGUGUAAAAACUGAAAAAGGAAAACUCAUUAUUUGACCCUGUAACUUUCAAAAACACUAUGAAACCUGUACACGGCGAGGGGGCAUUGUACUUUAACAACAUCACAGCAUACAAAUAAGUGUAUUUCAUUGCAGUAAAAUGUUAUCAGUAUUCUGACAUUUAAAGUUAACAUGCCUUGCAGAACUUGGAAAAUAAAAUUCCUAACACUUUUCUAAAUCUUUUAAAAAAAAAAUAUUUUAUUCAUAUUAAAUUAGGUUUCAUAUAUAAAUAUUUGAUAAAUUAAAGGCCUGUUUCUCCUGAACAAAACUUGGACAAUUGCCUCCAUCUUUAAGGGGCUAAAGGGAAAUAUAAACAGAAACUUGUAGCCUUGUGAUAAGUAAAUACGAUUGGCAAUGGGAACCUGCCACCCUAGAUUCAUUGUGGAUUUAUCAAGAUGUGGAACAAAUAACAUCCUCACUUGUGGCUGUUUCAAACUACUAAAUACAAAGUAUUGUUAUUGGACUAUAUUUUUCAUACAUUUCUACUGCUGAAGGGCUGGCGAUGGACACCUCUCACAUAAAAUCUUCAGUUUUGCUGUGUGCACCCUACAGGACACUGUGUUUGUGUAAAUGUUUGUAUAUAAUAUGUGGAACCUGGCAUGUGAUAAUAGUGAAAGCUUCAAACCAUUCCAUCAAACAGGUUAACAGAAUAUAUGCUAAAUCUUUUUUUUUUUUCUAGGAAAACUGGAGAACCAUUUCAUAACUUCAUUAGCUGGCAGGAUCUGCGGGCCGCUGAUCUGGUUAAGUCCUGGAACGGCUCCUUGACACUAAAGGUCUGUAAUCCGUUUUUUGCUUCUGUUAAUUAUAAGUUUUAGGUUAGUCCGUCAUAUGUAGAUCUUCAUAAUUACACAUUAUUUCUCUGCUGGGGAAGUCUGCAAGGGGAAGCCUAUAUCUCCCCUCCCUCUUUCAUUUGAGCCCACCCAGCCUCCCUAUUGUCCUUAAAGGGACACUAUAGUCGCCAAAACAACUGCUGCUUAAUGUAGUUGUUUUGAUGUCUAUUGCCUGUCACUGCAGGCUUUUUAAUGUAAACACCGCCUUUUCCGAGAAAGUAGUGCAUGUAAUGACUGUCCAUCUGAAGGCCUAAGAAGUGUUUUUUUGGCCAAAUUAAAAAAACUGACGUUUCUCAGAAACAACAUUGUUUUACGUAGUAAAAAAAGAGUGAGCAUCUUUGCAGCAAAACAACUACAUUGAGGUGUAGAGUUUUUGGCACUUAGUCUCCAUUUUUUUUCUUUAGCAAAAAUUACACUAGAAAUAGCUUUGUUGCUUUUAUAUGUUUUAAUCAUAAAUAUAUGUUGCAGUGAAACAUAUGGAACUUUUCAUUAAAAGCAGUGUCUUUCCGCCACUCCAUGCCCUGCCGCAGAUAGGGGGACCAUAAGGGGCUUACCACGCUCACACGGCAGAGGGAGACAAGACAGACUGAUACAUGACUUCAUCUGCACAACGGGACUGCUAGAUGCGUGGAGGGCCCAACACCCAGGAGAAGUAGACUACACAUUCUACUCCGCACGCCACGACUCCUACUCCUGCAUCGACUACUUCUUAGUAAACAACCAAGCCAUCCAAAAGACCACAAAGUCCUCAGUAGGAUCUAUCACACGGUCUGACCUUGCAGACAUCAGCUUAGAACUAGGCAACCUCUGUACCACUGGAACUGGAAACGAAACACCUCCCUACUGCAGGACCCAGCCAUUAAAGAGACUAUACGCAGAGAGAUUGUAGAAUACUUCCAACUAAACACCACACAGGACCUGACACCCACAACCAUAUGGGCUGCUCACAAAACGGUUAUCAAAGGUACCCUCAUCAGGGAAGCCACCAGAAAAAAAGAAACUAAAAACACAACAAUUUAAAAACCCUUUUACGCGACUUACACACUCAAGAACAGAGACACAAAUCCAACCCCACACCCGACGGACUCAUAGCCCUACAGACUACCCGACGCCACAUUAGAGAGACUCUGUUAGACGAUGUCGCGAAGGCUAUGACAUGGUCUAAGAAAACAUUCUACGAACAGGCCAACAAAAUGCAUGCGCCCCUGGACCACACACUGCGCCCGCGACCAUGACAAACGCACAUCACAACAAUCAGGGACCAUACAGGACAGACUAAAACAGCACCAGCGGAUAUAGCUCAAAUCUUCACUGACUUCUAUAAAUCCCUAUACAAUCACACCCCCACUGACGCCGACAAUGCACCAGGCACGCGGGAAGAAAUCAGACAACACCUUAGCAAAAUUGAUCCCCCAAAACUAACCCCUUCAACAAUAGAGACCCUGGGGGAUGAAUUCACAGCGGACGAAAUAGACAGAGCUAUCUCCCGCUUUAAGGGACGAAAGGCCCCGGGUCCCGACUGCUACGAGGGCAGCUAUUACAAGACAUAUAGAGAAGAGCUGAUACCUCCCCUUCUAAAGUGGUUCAACCACCUGAUGCAAGGCGGACAUCCCGACCCAGAAAUGUCUACGGCCCACAUAGUACUAAUACCAAAACCGGGGAAAGACACAGCAUACCCUGAACAUUACAGACCCAUAUCGCUGAUCAACCAUGACGUUAAACUACUGGCCAAGAUAUUAGCGGAAAUACUAUCUCCACACUUAACUAACCUAAUCCACGCAGACCAGGUGGGCUUCAUUCCCGGACGACAGCUAUUUGAAAACACUAGACGCAACAUCGACUUAAUAUGGGCACAGACGACCCCACGCACCCCAACGCUCGUACUCUCUCUCGACGCCGAAAAGGCGUUUGACAGGGUAAAGUGGACAUACCUGUUUGAACGCUUACAACAUCUCCGGUUCCCCGAGACGUACAUUAAAACGAUCCAAGCCAUGUACACAGAUGUCAAGGCACGUAUCCGGAUCCCGGGCGCCACGACAGCUACUAUAGCCCUACACAAUGGCACACGACAGGGCUGCCCACUGUCACCCCUCCUGUUUGUACUCGCACUAGAACCCCUAAUGCAAGCAAUCAGAUCAAACCAAUCUAUACAGGGAAUCACAGUGGGUGACCAGACAUAUAAAGUAUCAGGAUAUGCGGACGAUGUCCUUCUCACUCUCACAAACCCAGGAAACUCAAUGAAGGCCUUAGAUCGAGAAUUAACAGAAUAUGGAGACCUAUCGGGCUACAAGGUCAACCUGUCCAAAUCCACUGCACUCCCAAUAGCCAUGACAGCAAACGACACGACACACAUAAGGAACCAGCACCACAUACCUAUAGCACAAAACACCAUAAAAUACCUAGGGAUACAACUGACCGCAGACCCCAAACCGCUGUACGGGGCAAACUAAACCCCCCUCUUUUUAGGACCCUCAGUGCCGACCUUGCCAAACCUAUAUCUUGGAUAGGAAGGGUCCACACAAUAAAAAUGAACGUUCUCCUCUUCCUCUUCCAAGCAAUGCCCAUACCUAUCACUAAAACAGAUCUGGCCCCCCUGCAGAGGACAAUAGGGGAUUUUAUAUGGCAACACAAAUGACAGAGUUUCACGCAACAUAUUGUAUAGGCCCAAAGACGGAGGAGGGCUAGGCCUGCCCCACCUCUACAACUACUAUCUAUUGGCCCAAAUCGCCAUGUGGCACUCGACACCGGGCGACCGCAGAUGGGCGGACCUUGAAUCCGGCAUAACGGGAGCUGACCUGCCCCAAUUCUACAUUUGGCUUGGACAGACCCUAGAGGGCACAGAAUGGAGAGAAAUCUGGGACGCAAACAAAGCUCAGUGUGUGUCACACAACAAGAGCAGGCCUAUAAGACCAUGCUGAGAUGGUAUACCACCCCAGUAAAAUUGUACCAUAUGAGAAAAACUCCAGACGACUUGUGCUGGAGGGGCUGCGGAAACAAAGGGACGUACAUGCAUAUGUGGUGGGACUGCCCGAAAGCGCAGACCUUCUGGAGGGGAGUUGGGAACCUUCUUGAUAGGGUAUUUCACAGAAAAGUAACAUUAGACCCAUGGGUUUUUCUGCUCUCUCGAACACUAGAUUGGCCAAGAGGAAAACAGAAAUCCCUGCACAAAAUCACGCUUGCUGCCAGACUCACCAUGGCACAGGCAUGGCUGUAGUGGGGCAGGGAUCAUCUUACCUCAGUGCCUUUUGGGAUUCUGGCCAGCAAACAACUUCCCUGCCUCUGUGCUCCUGUUUGUCCUGGGCCUGCAUGCUUUUCCAGCUUGAGGGAUGGCUGUGGAUUCAAUCCUGCUGCCCUCAGAGCUGCUGCUGCCCUGGAUGAUGGCAGGCACCUUCAGGAGCAAUGUGCUCCCCUCCAGCCUGGCCUGCCUGCCGGUGUGGGUUCACCCCUCCCCCCCCCCCGGGGCAUGGCUGUGCUGCCGCUGGGGGGUGGAGGGGGGUCCUCCCCGGGCUCUGAUGGCUCCUCUGGGGAUGAGGGUCGGCCCCUCUCCCUCUGGAGUCCCCUCUCCUCUUGGUUUACCUCCUCCUUCCCUGUUGCUGCUGUCCUGGCUCUCUCUGCUCCCCCUCCUGGCUCUCUCUCUGCUCCCCCUCCUGGCUCUCUCUCUAUCUCCCUCCUUCCUCCUCCCCUGUUCCUGCUGUGCUGGGUGUCCUUCCUCUCUCUAAGCCCUCUCCUGGCUCUCUCUGUCUCCCUCCCUCCUCCCCCCGUCUCUCCUGUCCCUAUUCCUGGUCCCUAUGUCCCCCCUGCCCCACCCCCGGGUACUUACCUCGGCUGCCCUCCUCUGCGGGUGUGAGCUCCUCUCCACAGCUCUUCACACAGGAUCUGGCUGCAGUUCCUGGGACCGGCCAGCAGAUGGCGCUAGGUGCUGCUGCUGGGCUGAGCAGUGCUGAAAAUGAAGUUAACUCUGUCCUGCCUGGAUCAUCUUCAUUUCCUUUGCCGCGGGAGGUUCCUCGGGCAUCGGCUGGUGAGUUCACUAAUGUUUCUUCUUUUCAGUCCAGGGGUUCCUCGCUGGGGGGUUUUUCUUGAUCAGUCAAAAAAAAAAAAAAUUGAAAAAAAAAAAAAUGAAAUAAAAAAUAAAUAAAUAAAAUAAAGGGAGCAGGGUGCACAAGCAGGUAGGGUCCCCCCAUUAGAUGGUCAGCUCCGGUUAGUGUGGUCCCCGGCGCUGCAGCCACAGGGUUUUUUUGACUGUUUUUGGGGUCACGCUGUUACCCUCUCCUGGAGUGGGUGUGCAUGCUAGCACCCCUUGCUACUGCGUUGGGUGCCGCAGCACCUGGUGCUGCUAGGGGGUCCCUAGCAUUAGGUGACCCCCCAGGUUUGCCGUUUCGUGUGGGUCCACCUAUGUGUUGGUCAGGGCCCUUGGGCUUGCUCCUUCAACAGGAGGUUCGUAAAAAAUUUGGAGGGGAGACUUUGGACGGGUAGGAAUCAAAAAAAAAAAAAGGGACAAGGAGAAAUACCAGUACCGGAAUAUCCCUAUGACUCCUGGCCAGUGUAACUGGGGAAAGGGCUCCGCAGAAGUGCUCCGCAUUGUUCUGCUACCAGGAUACCAUUUGGAACGCUUGUCGUACCUAUGGCAGCCUGGGAUGGUGGAAAUAUGACGAGCAGUGCUGUCAACAGUUGGCGGUGCGCUCCUCAAUUUCGUGGGAACAGAUUGACAUUGGCCUCUGGCCCUCCACUGUGAGCUGCAUGGCCCCCCAGCAGGGUGCGUUCUCGUCCUUUCUCAGAGGGGUGGGGGGGGGAUCCUCCUCCUCACCGGUCGCGCAUCGGAGGCCGGGCUGUUGUUGAAAUUCAACGACAGUCACUGCAAAUGGGGGGCAUCUUGCUGUUUCCAGCACAAAUGUUCCACUUGGGGAUUUGGGGUCAGAGGGCGUUGGCGCCAGUGGUCCUGAGCGCGAUGCGUCCUUGGCUCUCCAGUUUAUAGAAAUCGUCGGGUGGCUGGCAUCCUACUGGAUGGGUUGAGCAUGGGUUUUGGACAAAUACCGUCUGCUUCACCAUUUAUCGUACCCCCGGGGUUGGUGAAUGACGACAUCUCUUGGGAACUCUGACAGGUAUCUUAUGCAUCCUUUGACGUGGCGGUUGAUAUGGUCAGGGCCAUGGGCCUUGUUGGGCCAGGGCUGAUGUGGAUUCGGCCUUCCGUCUACUGCCAGUGCACCCGGGGUGUCACCAUCUUCUGGGCUGUGUUUUUUGUAGGCAUGUAUUACGUGGAUAUGUGCCUCCCUAUGGGUAGUUCCAUAUCCUGUUGUUAGUUUGCAUGCUUCAGCACAUUCUUGGACUGGGUGGUGAGGAAGGAGGCUGGUAUAGUCUCCUUGCUACACUACCUCGAUCAUUUCAUUUGUGUGGGUCCUGCCGAUUCGACAGCCUGUUUGCUGCUGCGACGGGUUCUGGGUGAGGUGUUCCAUUAGUUUGGGAUCCCAUUGGCACACGGCAAGACGGUGGGCCCGGUCACUUUCUCAGCUUUCUGGGCAUUGAGAUUGUCUCUUUGGCGUGGGACUGCCGCUGGCCUUUGAAUAAGAGUCAAGGCUGGCAGCGCGAAGGGGCCUUGGCCAUGGGGCGGUGCGAUAUUCAGCUGCGCUGCCUGCAGUCACUCCUGGAUGAGCUGAAUUUUGCCUGUCGGAUCAUGCCCGUGGGGCGGGUCUUUAACCGGUGUCUGGCUACGGCGACAGCCGUGGUCUCCGGGCCUCGCCAUUUCAUUCGGCUCACUCGGCUGCUGCGGGAGAUUUUGGGAGUCCUUCUUAGCUGCAUAUCAUGGCCGGUCCUGCUGGCAAAGGCUGGAGGUUUCGAACGCCGACCUCCACCUAUUUACGGACGCAGCUGGCGCGGUGGGGUUUGGGGCCAUUCUGGGCUCUAAUUGGUGUGCUCCCGUGUGGCCGGACAGUUGGCAUGUCUCUGGGCUCACAAAGAAUCAGGGCUUUUUGGAGCGUUUCCCCAUUUUAGUGGUGGGGGAGGUCUGGCAGUCACGUUUCAGGAUCUAAGGGUAGUGUUUUACUGCGACAAUUUGGGGGUUGUUCAAGCCAUUACUCGGCGGACAGCCUCCUUCCCUCGCUUGCUUAAGGGGCAAUCACCUCGCAGGCGGAUCUGGAGGGGACGCCUUGCCCGGCGGACAGUCUGGCAGAGUGACGGAAUGGGUCCGUGGAUCGGUUUCCACGGCCACCUGGACGCUAUGCUCCUGGGGGCCGUGCAUGUUGGGGUUUUGGUGAUUCCUAGUAGGCCAUGCGGUGGUGGGGUAUUGUUUGCCACCAGUCGGCGCCCUGCAGAUCAUAUCACUAUAAGUGUUUGACAAUCCAGGUCGAAUGUUGUUUCGGGAAGAGUAUGGCGUUUCGGCUGUUGCACUUUUCCUUUGUAGAGAACUGUGAGCUGCGCCCAGUAUGCACGGGCCCUCUUUUGAGUUAUGCGGAUGUGAUUUAAUUUUAUUUUUCUUUCCCAUUCCCAAUUUUUGGGUCUUUCGCUCAAGUCUGAUGGUUCUGGGGACUGUCAGCAAAGAAUCUUGUGUCAUUCCUUUCGGUUUAGCGCUGCCUUGGAGGCUCUUAGAAUGGGUAUGUCAGCGCACCGGGAAAGAACCGGGAGGGGGUAUGGUGAGAUGUCUCGGUGAAGUAAUGCUGGUUUCGUGGAAUUUGUUCAAUCCUUGGGGGGGGUUCGGGUUAAAUUCUCAGCGGCGGCAGCUCAUCUAUUCAUUCCUUUGAGGUAGAUAAAUGAGUACCAGUUCCUUGGGUACAAGUAACAAUUCCCAGGGUGCACUUGGAAAACAGAUAAUAUAUGGAUGUCCUUUUCCUGGUUAUACUCCCAGGUGAGAUGUGGGUGUCCGUCUGGGAGGUGAGCUUUUGGGUUGUGUGCCUUCUGAAGCGGAGGUUCGUUGGUUUGGUGUCGGAGGUAUGAAAUGUGUUCGGCUCCUCCCGGAGCAGGUUCAGCUGUCCACCUGUCCCUAAUGUUCGGGUUAUCCACCUGGCAGGCAUUGAGCUUGGGAUGAUACCAAGGUGGUUUUUUGGCGUCUGCCCCUAAGAGGGUAUUGGUGCGUGUUUUAGUUCUUUCGUGAUGCGUGGUGUUGGGUUCACUGUAUGACCCUGUGUGUUAAGUUAUGGUUAUUUAUGUUUAACGUUUUGGUUUCAGAAAAGAAGAGAGAUUAUGAUUAUAGAGAUUAUUAUAAUAAGUUCUGGAUGUGUUAUGCAGGACUUGUCGUAUGUUAUAACAAAGCAGUUCUAAAAAAAUAAAAUUAAAAUAAAACGAUUUUAAAUAAAUGAAUAAAAAAAAAAAAAGAAUCAAUAAAUAUCCCCGAUUGGUCGGAGGUCAAUUCCUGUAUCUUUUGGCAGCGGGCCCAUAAUCAGUGCAUGGUACGCUGCCGUAUGAAGCAAAAUUGGAGGGCCUUUCGAGGUGUUUGAAGGUAAGGGGAUUUUGGUUUGCCACAGGGUGUUGUCGCGCAUGUGGCAGCUACUGUGUUUCUGGGUGAUGAAGGUCCGGCUAGACUUUUUUUCGUCUUUCCAUGCAGAAAGUGGUGGAACAGGCCUGGUUGGUUUUGGUGGGGCUCCCCGCUGAUUUUAGGUUUAAAACAGCGGGGUUUGUGGCGGGGAGCGUGUCCUUGCCAACAGGGUUGGGGAGCAGAUGGAAUGUCAGGAGAUGGACAUGGUGGGUCUCAACCUCCCCUGCUCUGUAAGGUAAACGUUUAAGUUACCGAAUAGGACGUGCCCACCGAGCAAAAAGCCGGCUGGUGGUAGAGCAUUUAAGAUGAUGGGAAUUUUUGGUUUGGACGAGGGGGAGGCGAGACACCAGUGGGUAAAGUUUUGGUGCAUAGGCACCUGGUUAAGUUCGUUGGCAAGGACGGUUAUUUAAGUUGGAGGCUGUAGGGCAAUAAGUGUAAUUUAUAUGUUAAUUAUGGUAUGUAUAUAUAUUUAUCUGUUUAUUUAUAUUUGAAUUAAAGAAAAAGAAUAAAGUUCGUAUGAGUCCUACAGUUGUAAGUUUAAUAAAUGCUGUGGCCUGUUUCAUCCAAUAUUCGUUGUUUGUCAUUAUUGGGGGCAGAAUUGGGGUAGUCUCCUUACUCUUAGUCGCACCACAUUCCCCGCUACGUACAUACAAGCAAUCCCCCAGGUAAACACAGUAAUACACAAAAUAAGACACACAAGUCAUGGACCACCUUACGGCACUGGUGAGAGGCACCAUGAAAUCGUACGAAAAAGUCUGGGACCUGUGGAUAGUAGAGGAUUGGGAGAGCUGAGAGGGGAACACAAUAGGGAUACCCCACGGGUCUAACACUCAAAUCGAUCCUGAAGGAGCCUCCCACGGUGCUCCGAACUCCACCAUGAGGGGGUCCCCCUCCUCCUCUUCUCUCCAUUUCCCCCUAAAAUAUUCUAUCACCGUUACCGGAGAAGGGACCACGACUAUCCAUUUCUAAACAUAAGGGGUCAAAGUCCAUAACAAAUGGUUCACUCCGCAACGACCAAGGUUUCAUAAUUUUGAUUCUGAUUUUGGUUUGUUAUUUUGUUUUGUUUUCUACAAAAUAAAAGUGUAGAAAAAUGACACAAAUAGCAAGUACAUUCAAAUUGGAGAUGUGGUACUAACCGAUGUAAAAUGGAGUAUAACCUGUCUACAAACCUAUGUUGAUUAAUGCCUAUACCAUGUAAUGUACGCUCUACCACACCACUGUAUUGCAAUGUCAUGUCAAAAAUAAAGAAUAAAAAAAAAAAUCAGUGUCUCUCAGUUCAGAUAUUAAUACACCAUUGCUAUUUUCAUCACUUUUACUGCUUUCAGUUUGUAGAUUAAAUCCACCCUAUUUGCUGUUUAUUUAAAGGGGAACUAUCAAUUUCCAGAAUUUUUAAUAUGAUGUUUCUUAAUCUCUAUAUUAAACAAAUAUGUUUUGUAAGGUUAAAAAAAAUCUGAUUAAAUGUUGAAAUAUGCACUUUUAUAUUUUGCAACUGGGCGUCUCCAUCUUGGCUUUCGCUCAAUUAUUGUCACAUGCUCUGUCCCAAGCACCUAGCAGUUAGCAAAAAGAAAGCAUUCAGAGAGGAGAAGAAAUUAAAUAAUGAUUCUCUUCCUGAUUUGCAAUGUUUCCCUGGUUUUUCAAUCUCUGAGCUAGAUUGAAAUGUAAUUUGCUAAAUCUUUAAUACAUUUUCAUAACAUGUUUCAUUUUCUUUAAAAUGUACAAGUUCUAGGUGAUUAUCAAUGUUUUAUUCAAUGGUGUGAAUUCUAGAGAGGUAACCGUUCCCUUUUAAUUUUGUUCUUUUAGGCAGUUCAUGGAUCCUGUAGAUGCCUGCAUUUCUUCACGCGUAGGAAACGAUUCCUAGCAGCAAGCUUGAUAAACUUUACCACUCAGCACGUAUCUCUGCGCUUAGCCUGGAUCUUACAGAACAUGCCAGAGGUCAAAACAAUAAUGUACACAUUUUGGCUCCACAUUCCAAAUUCCAAUGCAGUCAAAAGAUCAUAUAAGACUAAGUAGAGCCUUCUUUGUCUUAUAGUCAACCUGAAGAUGAUAUAACUUUACAAAUGCGAAGUUUUCGUCAUCGUGUUUUCUCGCUAGUGAUGGCUGUGGGAAUUGGGCAUCUUUUCUCGCAUUGCAAGAUUUGCUGGUUUAUUUUUACUUUAUUUACUAAAAUGAGUGUGUCAGAAAGUCAAAGUUAAAGGAACACUAUAGGGUCAGGAACACAAACAUUAUUAGUAUUCCUGACCCUAUAAUGUUAAAACCACCAUCUAGCUUUCCUGGCCACCCCUUGUAUUCAAGUCUGAAGCUGCUGCCUCUGCCGCUGAACUGCCUCUGUCUGCUCACAUCAUCAGGAGUAGUGGUCUGAGCCAAUCAUAGUGCUUUCCUAUAGGAUUGGCUGAGACUGUCAAGGAGGCAGAUCAGGGGCAGAGCCAGCACAAGUCAAACACAGCCCUGGCCAAUCCGCAUCUACUCAUAGAGAUAAUUUGAAUGAAUGCAUAUCUAUGAGGAAAGUUUAGUGUCUGCAUGCAAAGGGUGCAGCACUGCACCAGGAAGCACCUGUAGCAGCCAUCUGAGUAGUGAUCAGUGGAGUUCUCACUAGGCUGUAAUGUAAACACUACAUUUUCUCUUAAAAAAAAAAAAAGAGGAAUUGCAGCAAAAAGCCUGAACGGAAUGAUUAUACUCACCAGAACAAAUGCAAAAAGCCAUGGUUUUUCUGGUGACUAUAGUGUCCCUUUAAGGCCAAAAUAGCUGAAAUUGAAAAAUUCUCCAACUCUUCAGCAAUGCUUUCAGAUUCCUAUAUUGGUAUAAAAUGUGAUAAAAAUUUUUUUGUUUCUUCUAGAAAAUAUAAUUUUAUUAGAAAUGUCAGAUAUUGCCAAAUGCACUGAUCACAAAUAGUGGGUAGUAAUCCGUAUGAAAAAUUAAGCAAGAUCUUGGUUUGCAAUACGAUACAGCAAUCAAUACUCCAAAAAUGUUUGAUAUUCUUAAUUAAUGAGCCACCUCCGAUCCAGCCAACUCCAUCACCCCAUCCCUUAGUCCUCUCUCUCUUCAGGGAAGAGAAGGAAUUUCAUUGCGGAUAGAAGAGUUUGGAGGAACCAUGACCUCUUAAGUAAUAGCUGUUGCUCAGUCCUGGGGUUUGGAUUGGUCGAUUGGGUGUAUACAAAAUAUAUCCCAAGACAUCCUCUACUCAUAUAUAAAGGGUCAUAACCCGCUAUCACCUCCGCCGAGGGUUGUCCAGAGUGAGGAUGCUAGUUUCUUGUUUUCAACCAAUCCAUUGUAAAUAGAAAGUUAAGUUUGGUUAAGAAUAAGUGAAACAGUGGUGUACCCAGACUUGAAGGAUGGUUUUAUGUCCUACUGCCACUAUAAUAGUUUUUGUUGUUGUUGUUGUUGUUUUGUUUUUUUUAAAUCGUUAUUAGGUAUGGGAUUACCCAGGGGGGGCCCCAGCAACAGAAACCCAGAAUUAAGUGGUAGAGAGGGCAUAUAAUUAGGUCUUAAUCAGGGUGCACUCCUACAGAAAGUGAUAUAAGUCCGCAUUUGUGUGUGCACUUGAAACAAGUAGCUGUAUUCUUUCUAACCAUUAGAUGGAGCCAGAGAGGGGAAUAAUAAGUGUAAUGUGUGGUUUUUAGGAACAUAUCUGGAUAGAAGACAAUAGUUGGCUUUUUGAGUAUAGUGUGCAACGAGGAGAUCCUCUAGGCUAAUAUCAGGAAAAUUUGUCUUUCACUUCCCUAAGCCUGUCAGAUGAUAUACAUUUUAAAUUCCUGGCAAUUCUUAUUUUAGUGAAUAACCCUGUUGGUCUGUGGAGGAUCUUGUGAUCCAUAGACCAAUGUUCUAUAUACUCUCACUUGCGCCUGAAAGUACAGCAGUGAUGCGGGCUUCUGGCAGACGAAGUUCCAACAGUUAAAAAAAAAAAAAGAUGACGAUUUCUGCGAGUAAGAGCAUCAGGUAAGUAUACCUACCUUUUAGAUGCACCCCUAGUCGCCUCAAUGCAAGCUGGGAUAUCGCCUUUAGGUGUCUGCAAAACAUACAUAUAUGAUUCAUUUUCUCUCUCACUAAUACAAUUACAAAAAGCGACUUAUUCAGACAUAGCACCUCUGAAUGCUUGUAUAUCAGCAACUCACCCAGAAUGCCAUGCAAAAUAUGCAAAUACAUGUCCUCUAAAAAGAGCACUUUUUUGUGCACUUUCACAUAUGUACAUAGUUGAUCAAAUCCUCCAUGACUAGCAUGUCCCGGGUGCAUCCUCUGAUAAACAGUCUAAAAGCAUGGGGGUUCUGUACCUGCUUGUGAGGAGCUUAUAGUAUAAUCUUGCAUAUAGUAUAGCCUAGUUUGAAGCUCUCCAUAAGCUGAUGGACAACAAAACAGAAUUUAUGUAUAUAUAUGCAUUCAUCAGUAAUAACCUUACCUAAUGCUUUUUCUCACCAUGAGCCACACUGUGAAACUGCAGUUAAUAAUAAAAAAGAAUAGAUUGUAUAGAUGGGAAAUGCCUUUUUUUGCUGUGUUUCUGCAUAUAAAAGAAAGUGUAAACAUAAUUUUUUUUUUAUUUUUUUUUAUUCUUUAUUUAUAGUUUUAUGUGCCAUACAAAAAUAGCAUUCAUAAAACAAAACGUAUAACAUUGGUAUGUCUCCGAUUCACUGUAAGAUAUGCCUAAAAAGUAUGAAAUCUGGAAAUAGUGGCAGGCGACAUCUUGCCUUAGGCCCCACGCACAAGUGGUUUGUUUUAACCCCUGUAAUAACAUUCCGUGUAUAAGACGACCCCCAGUUUGAGACUGAAAAAAACUUAUAUAGAAAAACGGUAAAACACGGUACAUAUAAUAUGUGAUAUUUAUUUUAGUGUACUUCUAUUUGUUUUCUAAGAUAGGUGAUUUUUAAGCGGCCUCGUAUAUUGUAUUCUUGCAUGUGCAUUGUUCCCUUAAAGUGUAUUUUACUUCUGAAGUACAGUCCUAUUUCCCCUGCACAUUUUAUUAUUCUAUUAUCUAUGUAAUAUCAUAAAUAUAUCCUCUGUCUAUUUUACCCCUUUCCUUUGGUUAUUCCUAGUCCCCACAGAAAGGUUAUAUUAUCAUCCUGCUUUGAUGCUGCCAUCUGGGUUAUGUUUUGACUGUAAAGAGGAAUGUCUGUCUGUAAUUUCGUACUGCACAAUAACUCUUUGAUUUGCAGGUAAAGCAGGCCGCUGAAGAGGAAAACUGUUGUUUUGGUACCAUCGAUACCUGGCUGCUGUAUAAACUCACAAAUGGUGAGUGUCACAAUUCACUGGGCAACCUAGAACAUAUCAUGGUGUUUGGGAUAAAAUCAGAUAUUUGUCUCCUGUUACAGGUUCUGUUCAUGCAACAGACUAUUCAAAUGCAAGCACCACAGGAGUUUUUGAUCCAUAUCUGGUAAGUAAUAUCUUAAUAGCACUGCAUAAGUACCCUGGGGCUUUAUUCUGCUUAUCUGGUGUAUACUAGUUUCUAAAGAUUACUUUGAAUCAUGUCAUGUAAUACGUUUAUGAGCCUGUCUAUUUUGGUCAAAAAGCUCCAAACAGUUUGACGAGGAAAGAAAAACGGUGAAAACACAGAGGGACACUUGGCAGUAUAACCCCUCCACUAAGGUGUGAACAUGUUACAAGGAGUGCCGCUAUAAAGCAGACUUAUAUUUAUGAAUAUAUUAUGGAGCAACCUGUUGUGUGUUUUUUUGUUUUUUUUUGUCUUAAAUAUUGUGCACUUGCAGGACUCCAGUAUAGUGAAAUUUGUCAAGAAGCUUUAUUACAUAUCACAUCUGUAGGGUUCAGAAAGUACAGAAAUCAAAUUUGUGAAAAACAGGCAGCAUAUCUCAUUACCAAAACGAAUUAUCAUUUAACAAAAAACUAAAACAAGUCCACCUUACAAAGUAACACAGACAAGGUUAAGAUAUGUUGUUUAAGCUUUGGGGAUAAUAAAUCCAGCAGACACCAUAAUAACGCUGAACAAUUGAAGUAUACAAUCUCAAAUUGUAUCGAAUAUAAAUGGAAUACAUUUGUAUCAUCAUAAAAACUGACGAUAAGGAACUGAAAACGUAAAUGAAAAGAAAAUCAGUCCUAAGUCUCAUGCUCUCUUUGUUGCUCUCUCCGUGGCACAAAUGUGGUGGUAUUGCCAAUGUCCUAAGAAUGAGUCAAUGAUUCUGGACACACUGCAAGUAAUGAAGAAGUCCUAAAGCAUGUAGCAAGGAGUCUUUGCAGGAGGUCAGAAUUGUUGUCCAUCUGAUAAUGCUAUUAGUGAUCUUGAAGUACUUCACCUCUAAAGAAUAUUUGGGCACCACAAAGUCUUGGUAAUGGCUGACAGAGGUUGGUACCAUUUUAGUGUCAACUGAUACAGAUCUUGAAAUAUUUGUAAAUGGUUAGAUUCAAAUUGCAAAGGAGACUUGUCUCAACCUAUGCCCAUAACAGCCAUCUUGUCCGAGUGUAAUGGUACCCAUUUCUUCCUGCCCUGUUCUGCCUACUCUGUGGCAUUCCAGCAUUAAUUCUGAUGCUGGACACUACCUUACCAUCUUACCUUAUAAUCCUUUUACACCUGUAUGUCAUAAUUCUGGCACACGCUCCUUGGUGUCAGUCCACCACCAGCGCACGCCUGCCUUUUGGGCUUGCAGGGAUGCAAACCGAUCAAGAGACCGUGCUAGCUGUAUAAACGUCUCACAUUCCUGAGUGCAUUGUCAUAUUGUGGUUCAUUAAUAUGUACAAUAUUCUGUUCCUCUGUAGUCCUUUGGCAUCUAAACAGGCUUGUCCUGUUUAUUCUAUCUUCUCGCUCCCUUUGACUCAGACUGGCUUAUCGAUUCAGUGAUUUGUGUAUUCCAUGACCUAGGCUUGUUUCUUCUUUCUUGUAAAUUCACGUAACUUACAGGCUCAGCAAUAUUACGCUGAUAUACUUCUGAAAAUAGCAUUGGUAUAGAUUUGAGUUCUGCAAAAUUGUUUGCUUUUUGCAAGUGAAUUGCAACCCCUUCUGCCACUUACCUGAUUUCAGGCUCCGUCUCUGUUCCUUCCCGUCUAACGUCAGACGGUAGGGAAGACCUAAUGCGCGUGUGUAGCAAUGGCUGCUCUCGCCUUAGGACUUCUCCCAUAGGAAAGCAUUACAAAAUGCUUUCCUAUGGGGUUUCGGGUGACACUGUAUGUCCUCCUGCAUAGUGUGACUAAAAGUCGCCUAUCUACCCGGAAGUCCCUCUAGUGGCUGUCUUGUAGAGAGCUACUAGAGGUGGAGUUAACCCUCAGGGGUAAUUAUUGCAGUUUAUUAAAAACUAAUUACCUUUGCAAGGUAAAGGGACCUGGGACACUUCUCCUAGACCACGUCAAUGAACUGAAGUGGUCUGGGUGCCUAAAGUGUCCCUUUAAAACCUUUGGCUCUACAAGGGUUAAUUAUGCGGCCACAUUAAAAAGUGAAAUAUAUGAAUAACCCGAAGGGGUCAAUAAGACCUCCAUUCUACUUUUAGAGAGGUAUUCAACCUUCCAAUGUCCUAGGUUGAUGUGUAAUUACUAAAUGUUUAAAACUAGAUCAUUGUCCUCACCUUGCCCCCAUCCGUGGCCAUUAAAUUUAGUAAAACAAGUGGACAUCCUUGGGGCCAUCUGUGGGGGGAUGCUUAAUGAAAGAGGGAAGGGCCUUCUGUCCUCUCCCAUUAGCGGCAGGUGGAGGCUGUGAUAUAAAAAAUAAAUAUAUACACACACAUAUAAUACUCAAGGGGGGCACAUAAUACCACAACUCAACUGUGGGAAGAAGGAAAAAAAUGACAUUAAAAAACAUCAAAACUAUAGAAUCAAAAACCGAUCCUUCUUCACUUUGCACAAAAUGAGACUUUAAAGCAGGAAAAACAUUUUAUAAAGGCCUUCGCACGCUUUGAUUUCUCUGUAGAAAAAAAGAGAUUCGCCUGUUGGAGUGCUCUGAUUGGUUAGCUUAAAGGUUAAGGGAAAAAAAAAAAAUAUAUAUAUAUAUAUAUAUACUUUUAAAUCUCCUUUAUUCAUCUCAUCACAAUAAAUGCUGAGUGCACGUCUUCACAAAGAAACAAUUGGUAUUAAUUUAACCUCAUAUUAUACCUUAUCUACAGUACAGUAGACGCCUUGUCUGCUUGAAUGCCAGUCCUAGCACAAUGAUAUCAAGCUUGCAGCAUGUGAAUAUUAUACUUGUGUUUGUAAAUGCACCAUUUUUCAGAACAACUUAUAUAGCGGCUAUGUUCCAAGUUCAGAUGUUACAUUCUCUAUUUUAUUUCAGUUUUAUUUGUUUACUUUUUUGCAAGAUGGCCACUGGAGGUGCUUCCUGGCUCAGUGCUGCACAGUAGGCAGCACUGCCAUUCAGGGUCUCCACGCUCUGCAUGGGGAUGCUGAAUGUUUCUCAUAGAGAUGCAUUGAUUCAGUGCAUCUCUAUGAGGAAGUGCUGAUUGGCUAAAAUGGCAUUUUGCCCCACCCCAAUCCUGACUCCUUUCUGAUUUCCACCAAUCUAAUGCUUUCCCUAUGGGAAGGCAUUGGAUUGGUUACAAAUUGGCAAUUCUGAUGUCACCAUGGAGGUUAAUCAGGGGUGGGGCCAGUGUAGGCAAACACACGCGGCACUGCUAAUAAGGGGAGCUUUUGAGCAAGCCACCUAAAUGGUUGAUUAAACACUAUAGGGUCAGGAAUACAUGUUUGUGUUCUUGACCCUAUAGUGUUUCUUUAAAUUUGAAAUACACUUUGAAUUCACCCAUUUUACUAAAUAACCCAGUUUGUGUUUGCAUUGUAUAUAUAAUCUAUAUUUCAUGUGAUUUGCACUCUUGUUUUCCCUGUCUUGUUUCAGAUGAGUUGGAGCUCUUUCCUCUGUUCGUUGCUGUCCAUCCCAAUAUCUAUAUUCCCCCCUGUUCACGAUACAAGGUACUUGUCUGCAUUUUGCCAUUUGCAGAUAGCUUUUUCAUUUCAUUGUUUAAAACCUGUUUUACUGUGCAUUACGUUGUCACAAGCCUUCUGUUGUGUUUAAUCAUUGUUCUCCUUUCAGUCAUAGUUUUGGCCUUGUGGAUCCCAGUAUAUUUGGGGCUCCCAUACCUAUCCGUGCGUUGGUAAGUGUGACAAUAUUGUUUUGGGAUUUUCUCUCCAUCACCUAAAUCUGUGGUUCCUAAACCAAUCCUCCAUGCCCCCCGCUACCAGUCCAUGAUUUAGGGAUUUCCCAGUUGUGUCUAAGGUAUUUUUUUUUCCUUUUCUAAAAACACCUUACACACAACUAGGUAAUCCCUAAAUCCUGGACUGGUAGGGGGCAACAAAGACUGGUUUGGGACCCACUGAUCUAAAUCAAUAAUUGACUGACUUACUGGCAAUAAAUCAAUUGCAGUCCCUAUGGGUAAGUGCUCUUGAUGAGGUUCAUUUUGCAAGUGUAACUGUCUGUAGGAGAAUGUAUUUUUAAUUUCAACUUCCUUGUUCUUUUCGUUCCCAUGCAGGUCGCUGACCAGCAAGCUGCUAUGUUUGGACAGUGCUGCUUUAAUAUGGGAGAUGUGAAACUAACAAUGGGAACUGGAACAUUUAUGUGCAUUAAUACUGGAAAUACCCUGCAUACGUCUAUCGCAGGUAAAGGGAUUCCUGAAAUAAUUGUAUUUGUGAUUUAAACGUGGAGCAGUAACAUCCUAUGAGAAAAAAUAAAUAGCAUGGGAUGUGAAUGUCAGCAAAGCAAAUAUCCAUUUUGUUGGAUACAGUCUUGAAGGGUAAAAUGCUUUAUCAGCCUUGCCUGGUCAUAGAAGGUUAUUUAAUGUAUAUCUUAAAAUACAUCUAGUUUUUUUUCUAAUUGAGCAAGCCUUCCCAAGUGGCUACCUGUUUACACAUUACCAGCAUUUCAGAUUUAAACCACCAUGACCACUUAUACUUUUACAAGUGGUCAUGGUGGUAGGAAUGUGUAUGUGCAGCAUUUAAGCUUGUAUUACUGCAGAUACAGAGUAAUUUGCACUUUUGUGCUGUUGGCUAGUUGCAUCCAGAGUACACAUGAUUUAGACACCCCGGUCUGCGUUUUUGCAAUGGACAUAAUGAGCAUCCACCCUUACAGGCAACGCGCUUUCAAGGUGAAACUUCAGUGUCCCCUCCCUCUGUCUGCUCCCGCCAGUAACAGUUUUCCAAUAUUCCAUUUGCUAGGGAAAUAAAUUCCUACCUGACACACACUUGCACCUUUAGCCGGUGAAAUGGCUCAAUUAAAAACUUUUGUAUGCAAGUAUUUGAUUGGACCACAAGAGGCACUGGUGGCAUCAGACAGGGGCCUAGAAUCCAGCUUCGAGUGGUGCUGGAUUCCUGGUAAGUUUAGAGCUUGUUUGCAGGUUUACGAAUAAUGCCCAGUUGGGCAUUCUAAAGAAAAUUGAGUUUUACAAGGCUGAGAGUAACUUUUUAAUGAUGGAGCCAAAAUGUAAGUGUAUAAAAUGAAAGGCAUUUGCAAGCAUAUCUAGAAUGUGUUUUGAUGGGGAAAGGGAUAGGAACUAAGAAUAUCAGAAAAGUUGUGGCAAGAGGAAAGGGGGUAACCCGAGGUAAGAAGUAAUUGAAUAGGAAGGUAUUUGCCUACAGGUGUCAAUUAAUUAAAACAUAACAUUUAAUACAUUUGUUUAAAAGCUUGCUGUUGAAAAUCAACAAAUAAACCAAAAAUUACUAAAUUCUAAAACUAUCAAUAGUAUGGACAAAAAAACUAAUGUAUAACGAAAAAGGACUAAUAUAGAUUAAUCCAAUAUGAGUUAUAUGUAAGAUAAAUUGAAUUAUUAGUCUGUUAAUUGAUUCUGGGAUUACAGCACGAGUCCAAGUUUAAAAAAAUAUUUGUAUUGUCGAUUUAGAAAUGCCAGUGAAACUGAAACUGGCAGUACUAAGAGACACAAAGUAUUAAAAAAGAGUAAAUAUUAUUAUUUUUAUCGCUAGUUAUAUAGCGCCAACAGAUUCCGUAGCGCUUUACAAUAUUAUGAGGGGGAUGUAACUAUAAAUAGGACAAUAGGAACAAUAGGUUGAAGAGGACAUUGCUCAAAUGAGCUUACAGUCUAUAGGAGGUGGGGUAUAAGACACGUUAGGACAGGAAAUGUCAAAUAAGGUGGGAGUAAAGCAGAGCUGGAGGAGAGAGUAGAAUGCUGCCCUUCAGGAGAGAGCAAGAGACAGGUAUGUGAGGUAGAGGUUACUCUGGGAGGCCAUAAGCUUUCCUAAAGAUGGGUUUUAAGGCACUUCUUAAACGAUUGAAGACUAAGGGAGAGUCUGAUGGGGGUAGGCAGGCUAUUCCAUAGGAAAGGAGCCGUCCGCGAGAAGUCCUGCAGGCGCGAGUUGGCCGUACGGGUGCGAGCAGCGGUCAGGAGGUGUGAAGAGAUAUAACCACUAAGUCAGAACUAUAGUUAAGUAUACUAUUGUAUCAGUUUCCCUUGAAGGGGACUAUCAGUGUAACUGUGCUUAGGUUAUAAACUCUAUAAAAAUGAGGAACUCAGCCUGAAAAUCUCUAGUAUCAGCUACAAGGAUCGAAUUGUUCAAUGUAUGACUGUGUUUUCCCAAAUAGUGCUGUUUAUCAUUCGUCCUGUGAAUGCUAAGCUGUGCCUUCAUGGGCACCUAUUCUGUAUAAUAAACUGUCUGCUAUUAAGCACUGAUUUGGGAAAAACAGAGUCAUACAAAUGCCCUGCCUAUAUCUCUUGCUGAGGACAUUAUGUCUAUGAUCUAAUUGCAAACAAAACAAACAAAUAUCUUAAAGCAAUCGUUAUAGAGUAUAGAGCAGAGCCCCGAUGCGCGUUUCGCUGGUAAGGCGGCUCUUCAAGGGGGAUCAAUGUUUGGUUUAUUUGUUGAUUUUCAACCACAAGCUUUUAAACAAAUGUAUUAAAUGUUAUGUUUUAAUUAAUUGACACCUUUAGGCAAGUACCUUCUUAUUUUAUUAUAUCUGCAAAGACCUUAGUUUAUACAUAAUACACCAAACGCAAUAGUGCACACAAAACAUACAGUUUGAGAUUUUGUAAGGCUACUUAUAAUUGCUUAUACUGAGUAUUUUGGGAUAUAUAGGGAUUUGAUCAUACCAUGUGGUCAUACGGUGUCAGUCCUAUCACUGUGCCCAAGUACCCCUAUACCAGCGCAUAUUUGAAGCAUAAAAAAUACAAAAGAAAAUACAGUGUUUUGGCUGCAGUUGAUGAUAGGCACAUAUCUCUGUCAGUGUCUAGUUAGGAGAAACCUUUAUUUGUAUUGUAACGGUUUUGGAUUUAGUAAAUAUUAAACUUAGUCUCAACUUAGUUUCCGCAAUGUUUAUUUGCUUCUCUUAUUAACCCUUUUUUUGAACUGUUUUCUCCCUAGAAGCCAAGGCCACUUUUUAGUAUUUUGCACUCUUUACAUUGUGGUCAUGAAUUGUAUUUUUUUGAGGACAGAGAGCUUUCCUCUUACACUAUAUAUAACUGCUCGUUCAGCAUGAAAAAUAUAAAAAUACAGAUAAAAACAUUUUCACAGUAUUGCCUGUAUUAAUUGCAACAUUACUAGUUGACUGAUUUUUGAUGCAUCUGUGUCAAAUUUGUUGUGAUCUCGGCCUUCCUGGAGCAGCAUCAAUUUUAUUACGUCACAGUUGCAUCUUUCCGACAUUGAUCAAUCUUAAAAUGGUGCGAGCUGUGACCUUUGCGCCUUUUAAGCCAUUUUAUUUGGAGUCUCUUUUGACCCAGUGCACAUGAGCAAACAAAUACGCAAUUAGUUACGCCAAGUCCUGGUCCUAUUGAAACUUCUGUCACUUUAGCACUAAGUGCCCUUUCAUUGUGCCAGAGCCCUUAACAACAUUAUUCUGGUAGAUCUGCUUUUCUGACCCCCCAUCCAACUUGUCCUGACUUAGUAUUACGCUUUCUGGUUUCCCUUGACCAGGCUAUGUGCCUGACCCUGAAUUUUGCAGUCAGGAGAACCUUUGACUGAUCUACACUAAAGCACCACCUCCUAAAGGCUUAUAGAAACAAAGGCCCUUGUUUUACUCCUCUGGGACUUUUUAAGUAUAUAUGUUAUUUCUAUCACUUUUUGGUUUUACUGUGUGUGAGUGUAUGUAUGUAUGUAUGUGUGUGUGUGUGUGUGUGUGUGUGUAUAUGUAUAUAUAUAUAUAUAUAUAUAUAUAUAUAUAUAUAUAUAUAUAUAUAUAUAUAUAUAUAUAUAUAUAUAUAUAUAUAUCUCUAUCUAUAUCUAUCUCCAUAAUUAUUUCAAUUUAUACUUGGCGCAAGCCUUUUUUUUUCUUGUUUUUGACCCUGGCCUAGUACUAUUUGGUAGCACGAAUGCUUUCUAUUUCUAUCUAAGUGUUAAGCCUGGCCACGCUAGGGUUUCGUAAUACGCGUUUCUAUCAUUCCUCCUGUUUGUUUGUUAGGUUGUUGACAUAUCUUCCUGAGGAUUCUGCUGGAAUCCUGACAUGUUGCAACUAAAGACAAACCCCUCAAAUUGGAUUUUUUUAUUAUUUUUUUUUAUUUUGAGGAAUAUUUUAUGUACAUAAUUUUACUCCUAUUUUCCAGUUUCAGAUAAUCUAAAACAAGGAGUGCAUCACUGUUCCAAAGGUUUUAAGAUAUAUUUUUUUUUUUUCUUACAAAUUUGGUGUUUUGGGAUUUCAAACUUAAAGGGAUUUUUAGAAAUCAUAGAAUGGCAAAUAUCCACACAAAAAGUGUACUUUUGAAAUGAUUUUAUCUGGGGACAUUUAUUUUGACAUAUAGCCGUUAAGAUAUACCAUAUUACUUUUAAAAGGGCAGAGCAUUUUUAUUAAGUAACCACACACAUUUAGAUCUUCUGGAACCAAUACUGAGAGCACUUAUGUCAGCUUGCCAUGAAUUAACACUUGAUGCAGGUUACAUUUAAUAAAUCUAUUAUCUAACAGGUUUGUAUCCACUGAUUGGUUGGAAGAUUGGCGAGGAGUUGGUGUGUUUAGCAGAAGGCAAUGCUUCGGAUACUGGAACAGCAAUUAAAUGGGCACAGGAACUAAGUAAGUGAAUAGCUGUAAAAAGUUGUGCUCAGCAGAAUUUAGAAAUAUAUAUCCUGGUUAAAAGCAUGGGAUCAGAGCAGCAAGCUCUGAAAUGGGAUGUUGCAGAAAAGGAUUAGAAAAGUUUAUUAAUGCUACAUGCUGUGCGAGAGAGUAAAUCUGAGAGCUUUGAUCCAAAUACAAGCAAUUCCUGAACAGAAUAAUUACACUGUCCUUUUUUCCAAUUUCCACCUGUAAAUCUGUGCAAAUCUUACUUGGAUUAUGGCAAACUGCAUAAUAUGUUUAAUAUGUUUAUUACAUAAAUGUGCCUUAACUUGGCCAAUUAAUAUACUGAUUUAGUAGGAAUUUUAUUUGACACUUUAAAGAAAUACCCCAAGCUUCAUAACUACUAGAGCACACUGUUGUGGUUAUGAUGUCAGGAGUUCCCAGAUGGCCCCCAUUGUAAUUAAUCAAACCAUUUUCUAAUGGUUUGACAUCUUAAGUGUUCCAUCCGGCACCACUCCCUGCUUCUACUACUAUUGACAGAGAGCCAGGAGCUCACUAUCUGAGCUAAGCCCAGUGAUGCGGGUCUUAGCUCAUUGGCUGAGCGUGAUCAGUUGACACUCUCCACCAAUGAGCUGUCCUCUUUGGGCUUAGCUCAGGAAAGCCGUAUUAGAACGGUUUAAUAUCUUAACUGGGAUCCUCUGGGCACAGCUCCUUGCCUACAUUAUUACUGACAGAGAAAGAAGCUCACUAUCUGAGCUAAGCCCACUGGUGCAGGGCUUGGCAAAAUCGAUGAGCAUGAUGAACGAUGUUGUCACAAGGCUUAGUUGUAGAGUGCUAAAAAAAAAAAAAAGCUCCUGCUUAGCUUCUUUAUCAUGAAUAGUAGAGACAGAAAGGUGCACCCGUAGGACCCCAGUUAAGAAGUUAAACCAUCCUAAACCAGUUUGACUACUUGCAAUGGGGAGCACCUGGGCACUCUUGGCACCAUAACCACUACAGUUAUAUAUAAAUAGAAAUCCACAUUAUGGAGCAGCUGUAAAGAAUUUGUAAUAUUAUGGAAAUAGAACUUGGUAGUUCUUUAAACUUGUUAAAAUUAUUAGGUUUUCAGCAUCACAUUAAAAUGAGAUACAUACUAGUAUGUAAUGCUCAUUGUUUUGUUUCUGCAACAGAUAAAAAAUCGAGUUACUUUUUCCCAUAUAUUUUUUAAAUUUUAUUCUGCUUUUUUGUAAUAUAAUGUCAGCACUUGUAAAAUACUAAACUCUUACCAAACACUUGAGGCCCAAGCUUGCAUACUCCUAUUAGUGGGUGCACCCACACAGCAGAAUUUCCUGAAUGUCAGAUUCGUGUCUCGUGGAAAUAAUUCUCACAUCUUAAAAAUAUUGGAGGGGGCGUGGCCUGACUGUGCAGCAGUGCAGACGCACAAACCGAGAGCUCCUGGGCCUCAGACCAAUUACUGGCUAAAAUCGGGGGCAAACUAAGUAAUCCUGAUCCCCAAUUCAUCACAACUUGAUCGGCAGACAUUGGUGAACAGGGGGAUACCUCACACGCCCAGAAAUAACGCCGGAAUGACCAAGCUGAGGCUUGGGGCCUACACCAAGCAGGGCAAUGGAGAGGCGGCCGCUCUCCCAGCCCAUAACCGCAUGCAGCACCCGCAGCAAAAGGCUACCCCCCCCCUUAGGACCGGUGGGGGUUAUCCCGGUCCCAAUCACCUCGACGGGCAAGCCCCAGUGGACCCUAAAAGCGGACACCGACCCCAUCCACGCACCGAACUUGCAUGCAGCCCGCCAUGUCAAAAUGGCAGACACGCAGCCUCGUGGACAACCUGGGCCUCCACCACUAAGCCCCAACACAAGCGACUCCCUCACUACCCGCCUAGACGGGCUGUUUGAGGCCUUCUGGGCAAGAUCGCGGCCCGACAUAAGGAAAAGCGAUCCAAGCUGCUAGAGAUCGGAGGUACGGAGGGCCAACAAGGCGACACAGUUUGGAGUGGGACCAGACUGCCUUUGGGCAAAGCCAUGAAAACUCAGUCCAAGAAUCUCCACACCAGCCCAUCUGGGUCCAGGGCCAACAGGGGAUUAACCCCGAUGCAUCAACCACGUAGGCAGAGUUCCACCCGCAGACGGCGGCAUACCACCAACCCCAGGAACUCCAGACCUACCCCGAAAAGGAAGGACUUGGCCUUCAAUAGUCCCCGAGUCCGUGGCUACAAGAUGCCGGCCCUGAUACAGGCCCGGAGCGAGAAGGCACCUCUGGUUAGCUCCUGGCCGACCGCCAACCUCUACACUACCCCACGCAAGCCCCAGAGGGCACAGCAACGCGCACCCGUGGCGAAAGCUCUACCAGCACGCAAGCAACAGAGCCCAACGAAGCCACCAGCAGCACGGAGAUGGGAAAUAUUGAAGGACAAACCUCAGCCCUGCAUCAAACCUUGCAAGCCGUGGAGAGUCGGGUCCCUGACCGCAAAUCAGCACAGCCUCAAGCCUGGGACACAAACUGGUAACAACGUACCCUUCCUAACCAGCGUCUGGAAACGCCAUAGCAGGAUAGCAGAGCAGCUGGAUUCCGGUAAACGACCGCUAAGCGGCAUCGGUUGACUGAGCCUGGCAAUACCAAGCACCAAGCAGCGCAGAGCCUGGGCCGCUUUUAUCAUAUAUUUUUUCUUUUUUCGCUUCUCAAAUUUAAACUGGCCCACUGCUGAUUGACUCUGAGUUGCAUGACCGCGCUGACUUAUUCUUCUGAUUAUAAUUAUUGUUUUUAUUUGAAUUGUCUAGGCCUCACGUAAAUAUCCAGUGACUGCCAUACGCCCGCUGGGAACGUGCUUUUAGCUAACUGGGGGGCCCCCUAGGGGUUAAACUCGUAGAAAAGACAUCUGUUUCACUCUCCUUGUAAAAUACUCGUGCCACAGAAAUCCCUGGGUUAAGCUUGUAUACUCUACCUUUUAUUAACAUAGGGUUUCUAGCCUGUAAUUUUCUAAGUCUUACAACACAAUCUAUGAUUCAGCCUGUUUCUUUAUACUAAAAAAGUGCAACUGUUUUAAAUGUCAUGGCAAUAUAUGUAAAUGUUUGGCCAUAAUAAGCCCGCGGAUGCUGUCGUGGCUAUGUGAGCUUGUAUGUUAUUCUUUUACUGCACACUAAAAUAAAGAUUUAAAAAAAAAAAAUACUGGAAAGGGAAGCAAGUUAGGAUUUUUAUGGGGAGAUGUAUUGCCCCUUUAAAUUAGGUAUGAGCACAAUUUCUCUUUAAAGUGGUCUUUCUGGCUUAUUUGUUCUUUUUCUCUGGAAUAGCAGAAACACUUUAUUUAAAAAGGAUAUGUCUAACUUAUAACAUAUUGAAAAAUAGGCUCAAUAUAAUUUAAAAAAAUACAAAUUCCCUAGCUCCCACGAAAAGACAUGGUGUAGGGCCUGGAUCAGAUUUCAAACAGGGCUGGUUUUCUUUUAUGUUCAUGGUAAAGGGUUAGGAAAAUACCUUUAAAUCAUGACAGUCCCUAGGGGGUUAAUUUCUGCACAUUAUUUAACGAAUACAGACACAUCAUUACCAAUUAUCUAGCCUGUUUCAUCGAUCAAAAACUCCAAGUAUUAACAUUAACCAGUCGAUAAUGAAAUGAUUGCAAGGAAAAAUAUAUUUUGGCACGAUAUUUAAAGGGACACUAUAGUCACCAGAACAACUACAGCUUAUUGAAUUUGUUCUGGUGAGUAGAAUCAUUACCUUCAGGCUUUUUGCUGUAAACACUGUCUUUUCAGAGAAAAUGCAGUGUUUACAUUACAGCCUAGUGAUAACUCCACAGGCCACUCCUCAGAUGGCUGCUAGAGGUGCUUCCUGGGGCAGUGCUGCAGAGUGAGCAACACUGCCAUUCAGUGUCUCCAUCCUAUCCAUGCCUGCACUGAACUUUCCUCAUAGACAUGCAUUGAUUCAAUUCAUCUCUAUGAGGAGAUACUGAUUGGCUAGGGCUGUAUUUGAAUCAUGCUGGCUCUUGCCCUGAUCUGCCUGCUUGACAGUCUCAGCCAAUCCUUUGGGUAAGCAUUGUGAUUGGCUCAGACCACCACUUAUGAUGUCCGAAGACAGCAGGCAGGUCAGAGGCAGACAGUAUCCGAGCCAGCAGCUGCAGAAUACAAAUAAGAGGGGUGAGAUGGUGGUUUUUAACACUGUAGGGCCAGGAAUACAUGUUUGUGUUCCUGACCCUAUAGAGUUCCUUUAAAUGCUAUAAUGUACAUAAGGCCUUUAAAAGUCAAAGAAGUACAUUAAUAAAGUAUUCAAUUUUUUACAUUUUCUGCAAAUGUAGAGCUUCACAAUAGACAAGGAAGAAUGAGCACUGUACAUAUCCCAUAAGUAUUUGCUCAGCAAUGGUUCUUGGAAUAUGUUAAUAAACACAAAAAUAAAUUUAUCUCUUCAUUUCUAAAGACCUUUUCACAAACUUUGAAGACACAGAACAAAUGGCUAAAAGCGUGCCUGACUGUGGAGGGAUUUAUUUUGUACCGUCUUUUACAGGCUUACAGGUAAAUAUAUCAUGGAGUGUGUUUAUAAUACAUUGUGAAAAUGGAAUCUGCACCCAUGUGGCUUAAACUGGAACCAUUGUGUCACUUAACCAUUGUGUUAUUCACCAAACUCCAAAUUGUAGUGAAGUAAAAUCUGGCACCGUUUAGGUUAAAAUGGCCAAUCAAUGACUGUAGUUUUUUUUUUUUUCCAGAUCCGCUAUUUUAGUAUGACUUUUAACCUUUUUCAAGACUUCAUUAUACUCUGAAUGGCAAAUUCAGUGACUAAAAUGUUUGUUCAUCAAAUUAAACAGACACUACUACUGCUACAACCAAAUGGCUAAUUAACAGUUGCCUAUUGAUUUGUGCUGGCAUAUUUUUUUGUUGUUGUUUUUAAAUCAAGGUAAAUUUAUUUUUAUUUAAAUUCAUGUCAUGUGGGAGAGUGGGCAAAGAUUGUAAAUUAGUUAACCCUUGUGGUGCCAUACGCAUGGCUCAUACAUGCAUACAGCACUGCUAGAGAAAAGCCGUGUGCUUGUAAAGAAUUUCUCCGUAGAUGCCCAAGCAUGCAUGAGUGCACCAGAGGCAUCAUGGGAAGUAUGUGUCAUCCACUUAUGGAGGUCAUUUUUGCUUUGUUCUUUUCUUUCUUUUUUCUUUUUUUUUUUUUCUUCCACUGCUUUAUUCACCCAAGUGAACAUUUUGCUUGUGUUUACUGAGGUGAGGGGCGAGGGAACAGAAUAUUGACAUACCUCAGUAAGUGACAGUUUCAUCAAUGGCAGAGGAGUGGAACUAAACUAAAUUCUGUUCCCUGAUCCUUUAUUUUCAUUGUCUUGUGUCUGUUCUCUGUUAUGUGUGUUUAAUACAAUGAAAAAUGUUGGUUUAUUUAGCGUAUCAUUUCUGUUUGCUUAUACGCUCCCUCUUUGUGACGUGUCUGUUUUCUCCCAUCCCUCUGCCAGUCCAUCUAUGUAAGUGAUUAUCUAUUGCUCUGGUAUUUAUGCCAUUGGCUGUGAGCAUGCUCCCCAUUCUCAUUUCUGAUUUUUGUUUUAGGCUCCAGUGAAUGAUCCGUAUGCAUGUGCCUCAUUCAUGGGACUAAAGCCUUCAACCAGCAAGAGCCAUCUGGUCCGAGCCAUCCUGGAGUCUGUGGCAUUUAGGUAUGAUGAAAUUGGCAGUAUAAGGUACCCAUUACUGCCAAACACAAGGCCAUGUGAGGAUAUACAUAUAUGUAUAUAAGUAGAGAUUGUAGCCGUAUUAGUCCAGUGAUGUAGACUACCAGAAUUUUUUAAUGACAAGCUUUCGGAAGAACCUCCCUUUCUCAAGUCUGAAGCAUUUCUGAGCAUGACGACACAUAGAAUUCAAAGUUGAGUUGUGAUACAGGGGUUAGAGCGACAUGAGUAUAAACAAGUAUUACGUGUGUGUGUGUGUGUGUGUGUGUAUGUGUGUAUAUAUGUAUGUGUAUAUAUGUAUGUGUGUAUAUAUAUAUAUAUAUAUAUAUAUAUAUAUAUAUAUAUAUAUAUUAGAUCAUACAUACAAGAGGGCUGCACAUGCAUACAUUAUAAGGGUGCUGCUGGGGCCAAUAGAUACAACAUACAAGAUCCAACCGCACUCACUCACUAAACACCAACUUCACAAAAUGUACUUGUUUUUUUUUCUUUGUUUUGUUUUUAAACACCUCACCUAGGCAAAUAAUAAUGGGGGUUUAGUUACAGUAUAUCACCAUACAUUGCGUAAGCCUGGCACUACGUCAACGUACCCCAUUAAUGCCUGCUUUUUUGAGAUGAACCCACUUAUUUGGGAAAUGCUUCCUCCUGUGACUCUCUGCAGUAAAAGGUUAAAUAGGGCUCUUGAAAGAGGCACCUGUGACUGGGAGGGCAAAGCCGGGGAGUUAGCCUGAAAUCCUAAAUAUAUUUACACACCAUGGGGAAGGAUUUGCCAAGUAAGUUGGUUAAUCCAAGGCAUUAGGUUGUUGGGAUAGGACCUGCAAGAAAUGGGAUACAUUGGCAUUAAGACAGGCUUAUGCAGUCUAUGAUCAUAUACUGUAACUAAACCCCCAUUAUUUGUGCUUAAGUACUUUAAGAAAAAGAAAAAAAAAAAACUAUUACAUUUUGUGAGCUUUGAAGUUGGUGCGUAGUAAGUGAUUGUGCCGGAUAUUUGGAAAUAUAUAUAUAAAGAGAGAGAGAGAUGUGUAAAUCAUAUUGCAUAAUGUGUCUAUUAUUUACUGUUACUGCUUUAAGAUCCUGAUGGGUGUGCAGUUAAGACAGACUCCCUGAUCUGAGGACAGCUUUGGAACAUGCAUGCCAUUUGCAGCUGCCUCUAUUAAUUUAGUUCCUCUCCAGUUAACAAUAUGUUUAUUGAGUAGCUGGAGAAACACAGCUUCUCUCCUAAUAAAUCACUAAUCUGAAGGAGGCUGAAUUAUGGACAGCUGCUGCAAAUAUCUAUUACAUGGGAGUGUAACUCCCACCAGUCUCAGGCAGAUCAGAACACGUGUGUCUCAGUGCUGCUUUAAGAUUCUCCCUAGGCCAGCAGAGACUGCAUUCCCCCCAGAAUGUAACCACUAGUACUAUCGAACUGUGGCAGGCACGAUAUCCUUAAAUUAUAGUAAAAUGAAACUACAUCUGGGCACACUGUCACUCAAGAAAUGGCAAUGUUUAUUGGAACAAAGUAAACAGACAACGUUUCAACUUCGCCAUAAGGUCUUUGUCAAGCUACCACUCGUUCAUAUACAGUCCUUAUAUAGUACAACAAAGUGACACAAUUGCAAACAAUAAUUUUCUUACAAUUAGCCAUAAUCCUAAUUUAAAAAAAACAAAAAAACUGUAAUCUAAACAAUAUCACUGAAACGUGCAUUAGGUGAAAAUAAUGCCAUUCCAGGGCUUCUGGAGACAUUAACAAAGCAUUUAACAUUUAGUCUUGUGAUUUAUUGUAAUAUCUCCAGAAUAUCUCAGUGGUGAUGCACUCUCUAUAUGUAAUAUAUCAUUUUUUUGUGGGGUUGUGAUUCCAGGAACAAGCAGUUGUACGAUACAGUUUUAAGAGAGACCUCCAUUCCCAUCUCACAUAUCAGGCAAGUGUGGAUUUUUGUUAAUUUUGCUAAUGUUCUGUACAUUUUUCCAAGACAUUGUGUCCGUGAGCUGAUUUCUCUGUUUUUACAGGGCAGACGGAGGGGUCAGUAAUAACAGCUUUGUGAUGCAGAUGACAGCCGAUUUAUUUGGCCAAACUAUCGAUAAACCCAAACACACAGACAUGUCUUCUCUUGGAGCAGCUUUUUUAGCUGGCUUAGCAGUGGGUAUGUAUCUGCACCACACUGUGUAAAACUAAAGGAAUAAUCCAUCUCUUCUCUAAAUAAAGCUAGUGGAUUGUCAAUGCAUUGCUAAACAUAGAUCUGCACGCCAGUCAAGCCAUAAAACUUGCUUUUCCCAAAGAAAUCACACAUUUGCAGUGAUGUUACUACUGCAAAGGAUUCUGGGCGGGGAUAUGCAAAUUAGUUAAACAAGGAAUCACAUUUUUGCCUCAUUCCAUUUUAAACAUGGAUUCCUUUGAGUCUGUGUUUGCUGUGUACAACAGCUUUGAAAUACAACAAAAAAAAGCAAAGCCAGUGAAUCACUCAUGGACAGCUGUUUCAUUGUUAUUGCAACUCAUCAGCAUAAAGCCCAUAUUUGAUGUAGGAUCCAUCCCUGUGUUGACUUCUACAGCCCAGAGAAUAUAAGGUGGACCUUAAAAUCUUUGAAUUAUUAAUAGGGUGCCAGCGUUAUUAGCAUUAUUUGUGUGUGCGCUUUUUAGUGUUGCUAUAUUUUAAUUCUGGAAGGAAGAGGGUUAUUUUAUGUAUACAUAUGUAGAAUGGCUGAAAGCCUGGGUGAGCCCGAAACAUAAGCCCUACGCUACUCAAUAGCAGGGAAUGUCAUGACAUCCUCUCUGUCCAUGACCAGCGUGAUGCUGAUGCUUUCUAGAUCUUUCUAGUGAGAAACAAGCACAUGCUGCACAGCCAGGAAUUCGAUGUGAACCCAUCACACUACUGAACUAAUAGAGGGGUGUGCAGCAAAGUUCUCUUCCCUAGCACCAUGCCCUAGAGUAACCUGGUGUAAAUCAUCCCCUUCCACUUAGAAGCCUUGUAGAACACUAUACUAGCGGAUUAUUAUUAAUUAAAUAUGGCUAAUAUAUUCAGCAAUGUUUUACAGUUACAGAAUGGUGAUAUUCUUUUUAAAUCAUGCAGCUGCUUUGAAUAAACUUAAAAUGAAAAAAUACAAAAACAGUAAUAUCCUCCUGGAUCCUCCACUACCUGUAGAUAUCCAGGGUUAGUCUCGCAUCUUUGGCUUCAGCCCCUAAAGUACUUCCCCCAGCAAUGCCUGUGGCUACAGGCCUGUACUGGUUUCAAGGUGGUUUUGUGGUUAUGAAAGUUGCAAGAGAGGCCACAUGUUAUUGGUUUACAAAGCAUGCUGGGAGUAGUGAGAGAGAGUAUGUGUGCAUAUAUGAUUUCACCUGCACCAUGCAUUACAUGGGAGAGUGUAACUUAAUUGUGAUAAUCAACAAAAUUUCCCUAGCACUAAUAACAAGAACCGUCUGCUGCUUAUUUUGUUUUCUAGGUGUAUGGUCCAACAAAGACGAAUUGAAGAAACUCCGACAAUCUGAUGCCCUGUUUAAACCGCAGGGUAACUGGACAGACUAUGAGCCAUCUAUGAACAGCUGGGAGCUGGCACUGCAGAGGUGUUCAAACUGGUAUAAUGACAUUUAGCAGAAAGUAAGCCAAAUAAUAUAGCCUUAUCAUAGCUCCGAGAGACUGCGGGGUACGGAAAAGCCACUUCUGAGAAUUCAGGUUACACUGAUAAUUGUGUGCUGUACUUAGGAAUAGCAAGGUGUAUCCAGUCUAGGGUUAGGUUGGAACUAGAUUGCAAAAAAGCAUUUUUCUCAUAUGAAAAAUGGGGAAACUCGAUUCAAGAAUCACACACCUUUUCAUCUGUCAUAGGAAUGCAUUUCAAAUGAUGGCAGCCUGAAAUUGUUAGUACUGUUCAGUGCUGCUAAUAUUUACCCAUGCCUUUAAUACACGCUGCUAUAUUGUCACUUCAUCUCUUUGGGGAAAUACACUAGCCUUUUGAUGAGUCAACUGUGACACUCUACAUGAUGUAAUGUAUAUGGUGGAGCAGUAAUUAUGACAAAAGGAGAGCGACCUUGUGAUGAUCAAGAGAUGGUUUUAGGAAUUCUGCCUGGGCUCAAUGAACUCUAUAUGUCUGUUAUAACUGAGAGACGGGCUCCAAUUAUCUCAUCUUGGACAGAGGUAAUUACUGAAAGUGUAAAUGCUCAAUAUCUCAGUUACCACAUUUCCAGUGAUGUCAUGACAUUGUACAAACAUACUUUUUUUUUUUUUUUUGAUAAAUAAUUCUGUCUUUAUAUAGAUUCCCACAUUAGUGAAAUACUACUAUAGAGUUUAGCAUUAACCAAUAUAAGCGAGUUAGUAUUUUUUUUUUUUUUAUUGAAAUACUGUUUUAUAUCUUGCAAAGCUAAUUGCAGCAUCCAAAUAUUUUAUCACUUUUACCUUGCGACAAAUGGUAAUAAAACAUAAAAAGUAGAACUCUACAACAUAUAUGUUAUUGUGUAGUUUCCCUUGACCUCAAAGAAAGCUAGUGGAGAUGUACUUUAUAUCUCUUGAUCGUAAAUGUAUGGAUCAACCUAUAGCUAAAUAUUUUAGUUCACACUUCACUGUGAUUUUAUAGAGAUUUUAAGCUAUGUUGUGCCCUUGGAUGGAUCAAAUACCAAUCCACAGUGCAAGUGGUACAUUGUGUUCGUGCCAGCCAUUUACCACCACUCAAAUGUCUCUUACUUGUAUAAUUUUAUGAAUUAAAUAUUUAUUAUAUCUUCAAAGAACCCCCCACAAAAUUAUAGGGGCUAAGCAUACUGCUUUUCUAUAAAAUAAUAACCCCUUGGAUUUAUGACAAAUAAGUUGAAUCUUCGGGGGAUACAUGUCACAGACUAGGGUCAGGACCCUGUGAACUAUUUAGCUCACAAACUAAGUGCGUUGUUUCCAAACAUAGCCAUAAAAUAUUUAUUAUAAAUAAUGCCUGUACAAGUCCCAAAACAUAAAAUAAACAAUGGCAAGGAGAAAAAUUGCAGUGCAUAAAAAUAAAAAAUAUAAAGUAAGAAUUGAAAAAAAAUAAAAUAAACAAAAUUGCAUAUUAACAUCAGAGAUUGAACGGAAAUCCUUUUUUGUUCUUUUUAUUAUCCAUACUAUUUUAUAUGACAGAUUAUUAUGGAGAAAUUAGAACGAAAGAGGAGUCCACUUAGGAAAAUUGAAUGUUACAAGCCAAAAAUACGUAAAUAAAACUUUGAGAAUGUAUUUGUAGAAAAUUGCAUAGAACAUUUAACUCACCCAGCCAGUGCACUUAUUUUGAAUUUAGAUGAUUAAAUCCAUUGGGGAUUGUUGGGUGGUUAUGCCUGUGUUAGAGGCACAGGUGGAUUAGGUUGGAGUUCACAGGGUCACACAGGGCAGACUGACGUUGGUAGUAAAACGAACAUUUUGAUGAUGUGUAAGCAGCACAAAAACAGUCAAAUGCCUCCCUAUGGAUUUCACUAGUCUGCAAAAUAAGACAAAAGCCCAAAGUAAAUUGUCUAUUUGUACGGAGAUACAGGAAUGCUACCUCGGCUGAGUCUCCUAGGGCUACAGACUGAAUUUUUCUAAUUUCAUUAAAAUCUAUCUGUUCUCUGUGACUAGGAAGAUCAAAACAAAAUCCUAUAGGACCGAAUAGGACAACGCGCGCUAAAGAAUUCCUGACCUAAAAAAUAUUUUUACUGUUGUCAUAUUUUUUGUGUAAGAUUGUUUUAAUACAAAAUCAACUAAUUCAAUUUUUGAAUUAAAUAUGUAGUUUACAUAGCUGAAUAUUUUUUAUCAAUGUUAUUAAAUGUUUGUAAUAU